AUGUUUCGGUGGUACCGCGAUGCGGCGCGCUGCUACGUCUACAUGACAGAUGUCUCCAAGGUCGAGGACGAUGGAAAAGAAGAGGAACAAGGAAAAGAGUCUUGGAGGGCGUCGUUUCGAAACAGCAGAUGGUUCACCCGCGGCUGGACGCUGCAGGAACUCAUCGCGCCCAAAGUCGUUGAAUUUUACUUCAAGGAGGGGGUAUUCCUAGGCGACAAGCAGCCUUUGGAGUCCAUGAUUCGCGACAUUACGAGAAUCCCGGUGAAUGCGCUGCGCGGCACCGUGCUGUCUGAAUUCACCAUGGCGGAACGCGAGUCGUGGAUUCGCUCGAGGAGGACAUGGUCUACUCGAUGCUCGGCAUAUUCCACGUCUUCUUGCCUCUCAUCUACGGCGAGGGACGGGACGAGGCACAGAGGCGACUGCGAGAACAAGUUCACAAAGCAACCAAGGGUACGUACAUUCUGCAGCCCGGGUGACCUGUCCCGUUUCAAGAGCUAUCUGACCGUUUCAGGCGCACCAAAUGAGGACUUGUCCAUCACUUUCAGCCUGUCCGAAGCCCCAGAAGUUCAGCAUUUCGUCUCAAGAGAGGCCGAGCUGGCAGAGAUACGAGAGCGGCUCCUCUCAGAUGGAAGCCGUCGUGUUGUCGUGCUUCACGGUCUCGGCGGGAUCGGCAAAACGCAGCUCGCCGUAGCGUACAUGAGAAGGUAUCGAGAUGAGUACUCGGCCGUCUUCUGGCUGAACAUCAAAGACGAGCACACCAUCCGACAGAGUUUCGUCAAGGCGGCGAAGCAGAUACGGCGGCAAUAUCCUCAUUCGCGGCUCUUUACAGAGUUGGGCAAGGGCGACGACACCGGCAAGGCCGUGGAGGCUUCGACGGACGACAAAAGCGGUGCCGGAGUCGACAUUGGCGAGUUCCUUCCAACGGCUUAUCAGGGUGCUAUAAUCAUCACGACGCGGCUAUCGCUCAUUGACAUCGGGCACGUCAUUCGCGUCAAGAAGCUCGAAUCCAUGGCGGAUGGUCUAGAGAUUCUCACAUCCACAUCAGGAUGCUCCAAUUUGGACCAAGUAGAUCCGGACGCGACGAAACUGGUUGAGAAGCUGGAUGGACUACCACUGGCCCUUGCCACGGCCGGUGCGUAUCUGAGACGCGAGAAGGUGCUCGGUGCCGAGCAUCCGUUGCUGGUCUCCACACUAAACGGCCUGGCGUCCACGUACGCGGCGCAGCGCCGGUUCGCCGAGGCUGAGGCCUUGUACAAGCGGACAUUGGACAUACAGAAACAACAUUGGGGGGCGAACGACACAAGGAGGCUCAGCACGCUCGGUCAGAUGGCGAACCUGUGCACGGAACAAGGCAAGGUGGAAGAUGCCGAGCAACUGCUCCUACAUAUCCUAGGGCGGUUCGAGGCGAUCAACGGCAAGGGUUCCGAGUCUGCCUUGUGGACACGGACGACGACCGCCAUGCGCCUCCAACUGGCCAAACUCGACUACGCACGGGGCUGGCUAGCAGAUGCAGAGGCCAUCUGCCACACCGAGGAAACUGGGCCGCUGCACCACGAACAGUCCCAGCUACGCGAGGCUGGGGCCGCGUACCGGCGGUCGCUCGCCGGUUGGGACAAGGCGUACGGGCCGGGCCACAAGGACCGGCUGCCGCUGGUUUUGAGCCUCGGCCAAGUGUGCAUGGAACAGGGACGGCUGGACGAAGCCGAGGCGCUGCUGAUGGGUGCGCUGCGCGGGUAUGAGGAAGCGCUCACGCCGACGCACUUUGCGCAGUACCGACUGGUGCUCAACGCCGCAGUCGAUAUAGGUCGCCUGCGCCGCCGACAAGGCAGGUACAGCGAGUCUCGCACACACUACCGCCGUGCGUACGAUGGUUAUUGCGCGUCCUUGGGGCCGGAUGACGUUACGGCGCGCGGGCUCCGGGAGGAUCUACGGAUGCUGGGGAGGUUGACGCGCGAGACAGGCAGCGACAGGCAGCGACAGUGGCGGCAGUGGCGACAGUGA